CUCUCUGGGCUCAAGCUUAGCCAGGAUAUAAAGACUACCUUAGACGAGAAUAAUAAGAUACCCCUGAUCCAGAAGUACUUAGCCGAGAUAAUAAUAAUACUUCCGGGAAUAACUAUUAAAGAAGAGUUCCGCCGGCGUAAUAUGGCUAUUAAUAUAGUUACUGCCUACUACUAUUUCUAG